UACGCCCUGGAUUUGGUCUGAGCAAUUUUUCCUCAAUUUCCCUAAAAAAUCUGGCGAAAUCGACGCCAAAACUUGGAAAAAUCAGUCGUGCCGUGACUCGCCUACUGCAGUUAAGUGAAAAUCCCGAGAAAUUCGUGCUCGUUUGAGGAGCAAACGCAAAAAACAAAAGUUCGAGGAAGUCCGUAGAAGAAAACUAAAAUGGCAGAAUUCGGAACGCUACGUGAGAAAUGGGAUCCAAAAAAUCUCGAAAUUCGCACAAUGUCUGUGGAAAAGACGUUGGAGCCGCUCGUGUUGCAAGUAACGACACUCGUGAACACAAAAGGGCCGAGCAAGAAGAAAAAAGGUAAAUCGAAGCGGGCAAGUGCCUUGGUGGCUGCCGUCGAAAAAGCAACGGAAAAUUUCAUCGAACGUGGAGAGCAAAUCGCCUACGAAAACCCGGAUAUUACGCAGGAAAUGCUCGUUGCCGUUGAUGAAGUUCGCAAAACGGGUCAAUCGAUGAGCAUCGCAGCUCGUGAAUUCGCCGAAGAUCCUUGCAGCUCAUUAAAACGCGGAAAUAUGGUUCGCGCGGCGAGAAAUUUGUUAUCAGCCGUCACUAGAUUGCUCAUUCUCGCUGAUAUGGUUGAUGUCCAUUGUUUACUCAAAUCCCUUCAAAUUGUCGAGGAUGACUUGGAUAAACUCCGUAAUGCCUCGUCGCAAGACGAACUUGUCAACAACAUGAAGCAAUUUGGUCGCAGUGCCAACGAACUCAUCAAACAGGCAGCAAAACGUCAACAAGAACUCAAAGACCCCCAAUUGCGCGAUGAUUUGGCAGCAGCACGUGCCGUGCUUAAGAAACACUCGACGAUGCUCUUGACCGCCUCGAAGGUCUACGUGCGUCAUCCAGAGCUCGAUUUGGCGAAAGUUAAUCGCGAUUACAUCUUGAAGCAAGUUUGCGAAGCAGUUCAUACGAUUUCCGAUGUGGCGCAAGGCAAGGCAUCGGCACCGCAAGACAUGUAUGGCGGUGCGGGAGAACUUGCGGCAGCUCUCGAUGACUUUGACGAAGGAAUUAUCAUGGAUCCGUUGUCGUACAAUGAAGUCAGAUCGCGCCCGUCGUUGGAAGAACGCUUGGAAAGUAUCAUUAGUGCGGCAGCGUUGAUGGCAGAUGCGGAUUGCACGCGUGAUGAACGUCGAGAACGCAUUGUGGCGGAAUGUAAUGCAGUUCGACAAGCUUUGCAAGAGCUUUUGAGUGAAUACAUGGCAAAUCUGAUAAAAUCAAGACAGAAGACGAUGGGAACUAAAGAACGCACUCCCGAACUCGAACGUGCGAUCGGUCAAAUGUACCGCAAAACGAAGGAUUUGCGUCGUCAAUUGCGCAAAGCUGUCGUCGAUCACGUUUCCGACUCAUUCCUCGAAACGAACAUGCCGUUAUUAGAUCUUAUCGAGGCAGCACGCACCGGAAACGAGAAAAAAGUGCAUGAACGUGCCGAAGCAUUCACGAAACACGCCGAAAAACUCGUCGAAGUCGCCAAUUUGGUCUGCAGCAUGAGCAACAACGAGGAUGGCGUGAAGAUGGUGCGUUAUGCCGCUGCUCAAAUCGAAACUUUGUGCCCUCAGGUCAUCAAUGCAGCGUUAAUUCUCGCUGCCCGGCCCAAUUCGAAGGUGGCGCAAGAGAAUAUGGAGGCAUACCGUCAAGCCUGGGAGAACCAAGUGCGAAUUCUCACGGAAGCCGUUGACGAUAUCACGACAAUCGAUGAUUUCCUCGCCGUUUCCGAGAACCACAUCUUGGACGACGUCAAUAAAUGUGUCCUCGCACUGCAAGAGGGUGACGCCAAUGACUUGCGAAAUACCGCGGGAGCCAUUCAAGGCAGAUCCCAGCGUGUUUGCAACGUUGUCGAGGCCGAAAUGGACAAUUACGAGCCAUGCAUCUACACGAAACGCGUCCUGGAAGCUGUCAAAGUGCUACGUUUCCAGGUAAUGUCGAAGUUUGCGCAGCGCGUUGAUGAUGCCGUCAACGUUUUGGCCUCGAAAUCGCCCAAGGAUGUCGACGAAAAUGACUUUAUUGAUGCGUCGCGUUUGGUCUACGAUGGCGUUCGUGAGAUUCGUCGCGCCGUUUUGAUGAACAGGGACGACGCUGAACUCGAACUAAUAUUAGAUCCGGAAGACAUAAUUUGCGACGAUCUUAAUACUCUUGAGACAAAGAGCAAAUCGAGCGCUCACACUGGUGACCAUACAAUCGAUGAAUAUCCGGAUAUCAGUGGAAUUACGACAGCAAGAGAAGCUAUGCGUAAGAUGAACGAAGAAGACAAACAGAAAAUCAUGCAACAAGUCGAACUUUUCCGUCGCGAAAAGCUCACCUUUGACUCGGAAGUGGCAAAAUGGGACGAUACUGGCAACGAUAUCAUCUAUUUGGCCAAACACAUGUGCAUGAUUAUGAUGGAAAUGACAGAUUUUACGCGUGGUCGUGGCCCGUUGAAGACUACGAUGGAUGUCAUCAAUGCGGCGAAGAAAAUUUCCGAGGCAGGCACGAAAUUGGACAAGUUGACGCGCGAAAUUGCGGAUCAGUGCCCCGAAAGUUCGACAAAGAAGGAUUUGUUGGCGUACUUGCAGCGUAUUGCGCUGUACUGCCAUCAAAUUCAGAUCACAUCAAAGGUCAAAGCUGACGUCCAAAAUAUUAGUGGGGAGUUGAUUGUGUCAGGACUCGAUAGUGCGACAUCCUUGAUCCAAGCAGCGAAGAAUUUAAUGAAUGCCGUCGUCUAUACCGUCAAGUACUCUUACGUUGCGAGUACAAAAUACACUCGACAAGGCACCGUUUCUUCCCCGAUUGUCGUCUGGAAAAUGCGAAUUCCCGAGAAGAAACCCCUCGUACGACCCGAGAAACCAGAAGAAGUCCGGGCAAAAGUUCGUCGCGCCUCUCAGAAAAAGACAACGAAUCCUGUCCAAGCGCUCUCCGAGUUCCAAGGGCCCACAGACGCCGUCUAAAUGGAUUC